AUGAAUACAAGCUUCAAUAAUGAACUCCAACAAUUACAAAUGGAACUGCGUGCUCAAAAUUUCGAUAUCAUCCGUUUCUCCACAUAUCGAACGGCAUGUAAACUACGUUUCAUUCAAAAGAAACUCAACUUUCAUCUUCUCGAUUUAUUGAAUGUUAUUGAAUCACUUCGAGAAUGUUUAACAUGGCCAUCGUCGGAAUUAAGUUCAAACAGUUUAUCUCCAAGUAAUCGUCGAACUCCCACGCCGAUCCAAUCAGCUCUAUCAACCAAUGAUCAAUAUCUAUCCAUAAAUCGACUGCAGACAUUUUUGACAUCGAUCUACACGAAUCUAAACAAACGUUUACCAUCGUCGCAACAAAUUCUCCAUAUUGAUAAUUGUGUUCACUCAGCUAUCGCCUGGUUUUUGUACGUCUACAAUAAUAAUGAAACAACAUCCAACAACUUUUCUAUACGUUUCAAUUCUUUUCGUGUCGUCCUCGUACUUUUGUGUACAGGCAAACUGGUUGAUAAAAUGCGACACUUGUUUACAUCGUAUCUCUCACCAUCAUCGAACACAUUGACACAUGCCCAAAUCGAUGAGCUUCUACAUGAAAUUCUUGCCUUACCAUAUGCUUUACAAGAGAUAUCCCAUGCAACAUAUCGAGCAAAUAAUGCACAGUUAAUCUUUUCACAUUUAUCUGUUACCUCAGUUAAUCUUAAUGAAUUUCUCGACACAUUAAUCUAUAACGAUACAACGCCAAACUGUUUACAAUGGCUCAUUAUAUUUCAUCGUUUAAUUAGCGUAGAAAAUGUUAUUCACCGAGUUAAAUGUUCAGCAUGUCAACGGCCAUCAUUUUCUGGUUUUCGCUAUAAAUGUCAACAAUGUCAUGAUCGAACAUAUCAAUUAUGUCAAGAUUGCUUCUGGCGUGGACGAGUUUCUGAUCAUCAUUUGCCAACACAUGAAAUGAAGGAGUAUACAUUUUUCACGUCACCUGUAAAAGAAUUUCGGCAAUCAAUACGAAGGUCAUUUCAAUGUAUGCCGAAAAGUGAAGAACGGCGCUCAAAUAUAGUUUCAUCAUCAUCAACGUCCUCAUCGCCACGAUUCUUCUCAUGGAAAUAUCGUAACAGUAGUGUAAAAAGACAACAACAACAACAACAGCAGCAGCAGCAGCAGCAGCAACAACAACAGCUGUCCCAGCAACAGCAACAGCAGCAGUACCACGAACCGCCCAUAUCUAUGUCAUCACCUUCAAGCCCAUUGAUAAUGGAAAAAGAGCAAAUAUCCUCAUGUUCAUCGCCACAACUUGUCCGACUCAAUACUCCGAAGCCCAUUCAUCAUGAUGACCAACGUUCGUCAACAUUAACCAAACAAAACGGACGAAAAAGCGAUGAAAAUAGUAAUCAAUCUGAUAUGGAUGAACAUAUUCAAAUAGCUUUAUACGCUCAACAAUUAGCAGCUAUGGAAGAUAAACAAAAACAAAACCCAAGCGGAAUUCCACCACCAAUACGAUUUCCAUCGUGUCCAAUGAAUUUACAGAUGAACAAUCAAUAUCAUCCACGAAUGCUACCGCCCAGUGGAGCAUCCUCUACCAUGGUUCCCAUGUCGUCAAUUCGAUCAAUGCAGAUGGAUCAUCAAAGUGCUGAGAAGCGCCUGAUUAUAUCUAAACUUGAAGCAAAAAAUAGACGUAUUCUUCGUGAAAUUAAUACAUUACGUGCUCAACUGAAACGUCGAAAUUCGCUUGAUUAUGCAAAUGGAAACCUACCAAAUGAUUUACAUGCUUAUAGUGAUACAGAUACGGUCACCAAUGGUCUUUAUCCAUCAUCGCCGGGUCUUUCAUCAUCAAUGAAUCGACUUGAACAACGUUACGCUCAAACUUUGCCACAUCAACGUUCAAGUCCUCGCCAUGAAUUGUCAUCCUAUCACCAUUAUCAACAGUCUCAUCCGGCACGUAGUCGAAUUCAUCAAAUGAGACGUGCCGGUUCAACUGAAACAAAUCCAUAUCUUGAACACGAAUUACAAAAUUUGUUAUCACGAAAACUCCAAUUAGAAUCACGUAUUGAUCAUCUGCAACAAAGUCGAGAAGAACUAUCGACACAAUUAGAUACACUCGGAAGAAUUCUACAUUCGUCGCCGCAAUCACAUCAAAGAUCAGCAACAGCGAGUCCGCAUGGUCGAUUAAGUGUUUCACCAUCACGGAUGGUCUAUCAUGCCCAUGGAAAUAAUUCCAAUACGCGUAAAAGUAAUACUAAUGUUUCAUUCCGAAGUUACUCGACGCCACCAACACCAAUGCAUGAACAAACGAUAUCGAGUGAGGGAAACGUUACGGAUUCUCCGUCGAUUAGUCAACAUACCAAAUCGCUACGUACUGAUCUUCUCAUUGCUGCUGAUUCAUUAACAUCAGCAAUGUCAUCACUUGUUCAACAACUGAAUACAGAAAGCACCGAAUCAAUACCAACAGCAGUUGACAAUUCUCUCGGUUCACAAAUGAAAAACACGGCGGAUUUGAUUGAUGAAAUAAAAACGAAUCAUACUGAUCGACAACAACAAUCAUCACUUUCAAAACCAACUCCGAAUAGUAUCAGUACGAAUAAUAAUAACAACAAUGAUGCAACCGCAAACGAUAGUGGAAGUCGAACAGAUGAAGAAUCACUAUUAACUUCAGACGAAGAUGAUGAAAGACAAGAAGAACGAACAACAGAUGAUGAUUUAUUGCGAACUACGGAUGAUGAUGAUGCUGGAGCAGGAGCACAUGCAUUGAAUACAUUUAAUAUAUCAUCAACGAAACGCAAAGCACCAUUAGCAACCGAAUAA